AUGUCCAUCCCCCCCGGCGCACCCCAACCAUCCUAUAUCCUUCGCGGUCACGCGUCUCCGAUUCACGUGGCGAAAUUCAUACGUGGGAAUACGAGGUUAAUUACGGGGGAUGCGGAGGGUUGGGUGGUGAUGUGGGAUUUGGAGAGCAGGAGGGCGGUUUGUGUUUGGAGGGCGCAUGGGGGGGUUUUGUUGGGGGUGGGGGAGAUGGGAAGGGGAGGGGAAGGGGUUGUUACACAUGGAAAAGACAACAAAUUGAUAAUAUGGAAACUCCCUCCCUCAGAUGAGCACUCGAUGAGUAAAGUUCUUCCUGUCGAUACUGUCUCGGAAGAGAGGAGAAAACCAUGGAUUUUACAUAUAUUAGAUGUCAACACGAUGAAUUUCUGUGGAUUCGCUAUGUGUUCUAUAGAUACGCAAUUUAAAUCAAAGGAGUUGGGGGAGAAGGGAGAAAAGGGAGGAGAGCAAGAGACAGAGCUGGAAGAUCAAGCAUUAAUCGCUGUGCCGAAUACGUUGACUUCCGAAUCUAUCGACAUCUUCCAUAUCCCUACCCUCCGCCGACUUCACAACAUUCCCUCACCAGGGCCAAAUAAACCGGGCAUGGUAAUGUGUCUUUCAAUUUUCUUCCAUCCAGCCACUAGAUGCCUAACUGUUAUAUCCGGGUAUGAAAAUGGAUCAGUAUCCGUCUUCUCCCUGACUUCUCCCGUCUCCCCAUCCUCUUCUCCUUUCCCUCCUCCUUCGGCUACAUCUUCAUCCCCACCUUCGCAAUGGAACACCACAUACCAAUCCAAAUCCCACCUCCAACCCAUUCUCUCCCUCUCUCUCGAUCCGAGCGCGGAUCGUAAGUUCUUCAUCACUAGCGGUGCUGAUGAUCGAAUCAUCAAACAUUUUAUCCCUACCGCCCCAACUCCCAUCUCUCCAUCUACAAACCGUACCUCUAAGUCUACCUCCAAAUUCACAUCAACAUCCACAUCCACGCUAGUAUCCCAAAAAAACGAACCGAAAAUACUUAAAACAGCUCAUGCGGGACAACAGGGCGUGGAAAUUCGUAAUGAUGGGAAGAUUGCUGUGACGGCGGGAUGGGAUGGGAGAGCGAGGGUUUAUGGGGUAGCGAAGAUGAGGGAAUUGGCUGUGUUGAAGUGGCAUAAGGAGGGGUGUUUUGCGGUGGCGGUGGCGGAUGUUUUGGGUGGGGAUGGGGAUGGGGAUGGGGAUGGGGAAGAGGAAGGGAAGGUUGUGGGGAGUGGGAAGGGAAGGGAAGGGAAGGGAAAGGAAGUAGCAAGGAGACUUGGGGAAUUAGAUGUUAAAGGAGAGAGAUUGAGAAAGGCGAGGGAAACUCAUUGGGUUGCUGUAGGGGGGAAGGAUGGGAAGGUUAGUUUGUGGGAUGUUUAUUAA